CAUUUCUAACCUUUCCUAGACCUCUUAACCACCCUUCAAUGGCUGCUCUUCCUCUUCUUUUCUGAAAUUCCCGACUCAUUAAUCAAGGCAGGAUGGCCUUCCGGAGAUUAAUCCCUUCUCCACUCCUUGGCCUCCUGUCUUUCCUCCUCCUCCACCCCAUCACCACCACCUCCACCGUCGGCGCCGGCACCCGCCUCGGCCUUAUCCGUAAUAAACCCUACUCCUCCAAUAUUCCCGUCUUCCGUGAGGCUCCUGCAUUCCGCAAUGGCGACACCUGUGGCUCCCCAAACACUACUGGUCGCAUCCAUGUCGCCAUGACCCUUGACGCCAAUUAUCUCAGAGGCACCAUGGCUGCCAUCCUGUCGAUGCUACAGCACUCUACUUGUCCAGAAAAUGUUGAUUUCCACUUCCUCGCAGGCGACUUCGAUUCUGAUAUCUUCCUAACCAUCAAUUCCACCUUUCCUUAUCUCAACUUCAACGUAUAUCACUUCGACUUCAAACGUGUCCAUGGGAAGAUCUCCAAAUCCAUUCGCCUAGCUCUGGACCAACCAUUAAAUUAUGCACGCAUCUACCUUGCAGACAUCCUCCCCGCAGAUGUAAGCCGUGUCAUCUACCUCGACUCCGACAUCAUCAUGGUCGACGACAUUGCAAAGCUCUGGGAGGUGGAUUUGGAGGGUAAGGUGGUGGCCGCACCAGAGUACUGCCAUGCAAAUUUCACCAAAUACUUCACAGAAGCAUUCUGGUCAGACCCAGAUUUGGUGAGAACGUUUCAAGGAAGGAAGCCUUGUUACUUCAACACAGGAGUUAUGGUGGUUGAUGUGGAUAAAUGGAGGAAAGGAGAUUACACGCACAAGGUUGAGGAAUGGAUGGCGGUGCAGAAAAAGAAGAGGAUAUAUCACUUGGGCUCUCUUCCACCUUUCUUGCUCAUCUUUGCUGGGAAUAUCAAAGCAGUCGAUCAUAGAUGGAACCAGCAUGGUUUGGGUGGUGACAACCUCGAAGGCAAAUGUAGGAACCUUCACCCUGGACCCAUCAGCCUACUCCACUGGAGUGGCAAGGGUAAGCCAUGGCUGAGGUUGGAUUCCAGAAAGCCAUGCACUGUUGAUCAUCUUUGGGCACCAUAUGAUCUCUAUCGCUCAUCAACUCUCUCUCUAGAAGAAUGAUAGACAGGUGGCAAUGUUGGGUUUGUGGAACAAUUUCAUUAUGAUGAAAAAACUAAAA